CUUGACUGCUCCUGUUCACUCCAGAGAGGACUGCAUGAGGCUCAUUCUCUCCACUUCCCUAUUCUGUGCCUGGGCCUUUGCUAUGAAGAAAAGGUUGAUCUUUUCCUUUGACUGCUCACCAGUAUCUGGUAUGGAUAACACCAGAAAUUAUUGCUGAAUCCAAACAUUCAAUGGUUGUCUUUGGAUAGCAGGACUGAAUUCACUUCCAUGAUAUUUCUUGCUGACAUUUUGUGCAAAGUGCAUUGUAUGUCGGUUUAUGCUGGUCUGACUUUGAUUUACAAGCAGAAAAUUAACCCUCCAACAGGCUUAAACCGACUAAAUGGAUAAGAAGCAGUCUGCUACUCCCACAUAUCCAUGGCGGAAUGUAAGUACUGGAGCCACGGGUCCAGGGCAGUGUCCAGCCACCCGGCCAGCCAUCCUGGCAAACCUGAAGGCUAGGCUGGAUAAUUUCGAGGCUAAACCCACUGUUCCAUUGCCUCAGCCUAGCAGGGACUGUAUCAUGUGUAGGACAUGCAGCAAACACACAAACCAGCAAGAAGCCAUGACCAGCAUGCUCUCUACUCAAGCCAGAGUACUAGACUCACUCCAGAAGAAUGUUCUGGAUAUUCAGAGGACCUUGGAAACUCUGAUGCGAGGCCUGGAAGAGAGGGGCUUGCACACUAUUGCUGAAAAUGUAUCUGUACCGAUGGGGAUACAGCAAAGGAGAAAGUCCCUUCCUAUGAGGAUGCUUGCGGAUGAAGUUUAUGUACAGCUUGAAGCGAACAGACAUGAGCAGAGAGUCCUGACGGGCCUUUAUAGAAAUGUUGAUUCUAACAGCCUCACAGACACAAGUGGUCAUAAGGAAACAGAAGCGGCUGCAGUGCCCAGGACAAAACAGGAGAGAGGACAUCAGUCACCAGAUCAAAGUGAUGUUAAAAGUAUCUCUGUAAAGCAAAAUGUGCCUGCCACCUCCUCAUCUGUGAAGGCUAACACCGUGUCAAAGAAUGCAAUGUCAGAGGGAAAAGUAAUAAAGGUCACACCUGCAUCAAAGACAGUUGUGGCCAGUGUUUCACCACCCGUGGGCUGCCCUGGUUCCAAAGAGCAAAACACUUCAGACUCUCAGAGCGGGUAUGAGCCAAAGCCGGGGCUUCCCCCAAUGGCUCUCUCACCCCAGCCGCAGACGGGUAGUGUGGGGGACGGGCCAGGGACUGCUUCAGCCAAGAAUGAACUGGGCCAGAGACUGCAGAAUUCAAAGCCAGCACCAGAGCCUGCUUCUAAAUGCACACCUCCCCUGGUGAAGACAACAGAUCCCUGCACUGAGGAACCGGCUGCAGCUCCACCUGAUAAGGACUCCAGUAUGGACAAACAGAUCCAAUCUAGCCCUGCCCAACCGACAGUCUCUGUCAAAUCACCCCCUACAAAAUUCCCAAAAGAAGCUGAAAAUGCAGCAGCAUCUCCGUUGAGUCUUGCCCCUUCUAAGAAGACACAACUGGCUGUUCCGUCAUUCAUGGCAGAUGUGCUGUCCCUCAGACAUGUCCAAAGCUGUCCAGAAUCCUUGCAGAGAUUACAGAGUUUGCAACCAAACACUGACCCGGUGCCUGAUAAGUUGCCACUGCUGCCGAAGACCCCAGCAACAGCUCCUGUCUUAGCUCCUGCUGAUAAAGUCCCAGCCAGUGACAUACAGAUCAGAGUGGUUCCAGCUGUGGACGAAAAGACCACCACAACAAAGGACCCCCCCAAAACAGCACUGAAAGUCGUUGAUGAUGUUGCUCCUCAACCUGCCCCCUUCUCCCACCGGUUUGUUGCUUUGAACUCCAGUCCUCCAUACGAUCUCUUCACUGUGCACACCAAAGAGGUCCUGGGCGGUGGACGUUUUGGCAAAGUGCAUAAAUGUACUGAAAUUACCACUGGCCUGAGGCUAGCAGCCAAGAUCAUCAGCACACGAACUGCUAAAGAAAAGGAAUUGACUAUGAAUGAGAUACAAGUGAUGAACCAGUUAAAUCAUGCAAACAUCCUACAGUUGUAUGCAGCUUUUGAGGUUAAAAACCAGGCCAUCCUCAUUAUUGAGUAUGUUGAGGGUGGGGAGCUGUUUGAGAGAAUUGUGGAUGAGAGUUCCCCGCUGACAGAGGUGGAUGCAAUGGUGUUUGUGAAACAAAUCUGCGAAGGUGUCCAAUACAUGCACCAGAUGUAUGUUCUCCACCUUGACCUGAAGCCUGAGAACAUCCUCUGUGUGAAUCACACAGGUCAUCAAGUGAAGAUCAUUGACUUUGGGCUGGCCAGGAGAUACAAGCCCAGGGAGAAGCUUCGUGUAUCAUUUGGGACACCAGAAUUUCUGGCCCCAGAGAUUGUGAACUUUGACUUUGUCUCCUUCCCCACAGACAUGUGGUCUCUAGGGGUUAUUACCUAUAUGCUUCUCAGUGGCCUGUCCCCAUUCUUGGGUGAUGAUGACACACAGACUCUCAACAAUGUUGUCAUGGUCAACUGGUACUUUGAUGAGGAUGCGUUUGAGCACAUCUCUGCAGAAGCAAAAGACUUCAUAUCCAACCUGCUCAUCAAAGAAAAAAGUGGACGAUUUAGUGCUGCCCAGUGUCUCAAACACCCAUGGCUCAACAACAUUUCAGAGAAAGCAAAGUACAGCAAUAUUGUUCUGAAGUCACAGGUUUCAUUGAAGAAAUACAUGGCCAGAAGGAUGUGGAAGAAAAACUACAUUGCUGUUGUUGCAGCCAACAGGUUUAAGAAGAUUGCCAGUUCAGGCUCUCUUACAUCCCUUGGAAUCUGAUUUCACCAUUUUAUAAAAAUAACACCUGGGACCUGAGUUAGGCGUGCAGUAAAAAUGUCUGCAUGUUUUGUCAUUUUAGAUGUCAGUUUAGACGAAAAUUACAUUUCAUCCUCAGUCUUUGGCAAAUUUGUCAAUGUGUCAUUAUUUUUUAUGUAACCUUGUUUUCUGUUUAGGGCCAGUUAAUAGCCGAAAUGGUCUCCAAUAUCAAUAGGCAAAAAAAACUAUUUGCACUGUUUCUCUUUACAUUAAAUGUAUGAUUAAUCUGUGAUAUUUGUUAUUAUUAUUAUUAUUUCUUCAAGGUUUUAUUAUUAUUAUUAUUAUUUUUUAGGUAUUGUUGUCAAUCAAGUAAUUUAAUGAAUAAACAACCUAUUUGUCUG